AUGAGUGGUUACGACAUUUGCCGCAUGGAAAACGAUAGAAGCCCUACUUCUUCACCGAGAACCUCCGACGACAUCACACCGACGCCUGACGAUCGCAUAAGCGGAUCGUCAGACCCCCGCGGUUCCCAACUGGAUGGACAUGGCGAUCCGGUCGAGAAGCACGCACCAGUGAAACGAAAGAAAUUCCCUUUGGGAGCUAGCGAAAACGAACGCCGCUCUCAAGAUGUGGUGGUGUGCUACAUACUUCACAGAAUUAUUGGAGAGUGCCUCCGUAAAAUCUCGCGUUCAUGCUGCAAAAUGCGAAUGGCUGAUUGGUGA